GAUACAAAACCGCAGAUUGAUUUACAGUUGCAUUCAUAUCUUACUUAGUUGGGCAUAACGAUUGACUGGUCUCUCUCGCGAUGUUGCGAUUUCUUUUGCUGUUCUCGCAAAUCAUCCUGUUGUUCUCGGCGAUAGUUUCGUCGGAGAAGAAGGAACCGACUUGCCGUAAUACCGACGGCUACAAUAUUUGUCAUUACAAGGGGGUACUAGUCGAAGUUACGCAACAUGGUUUCGAAGAUCGAUUGGACAUCAGCGACUUGGAUCUUCUGGCGAUCCGUGAAGACGCCUUUAAGAAUUUGACAGCGACGCAUCUGUAUUUGCAGCAAGGUAAUCGGAUAUCCGUACUGAAGAGGGGAUCCUUCCGCGGUUUGCCCAAGUUGGAACGUCUCCAUUUGGACAGCAAUGUAGUACCAUUGUCCGAGCACUUGUUCGCGGAAUUGCCACACCUGCUGUCACUAUCGUUGGUUUUCAAUAAGAUUGACUCGAUACCGAAGAACUCGUUUGCUGGCUUGUCAAGUUUAACGUGGCUCUACUUGGGCCACAAUAACAUUUCGGCGAUCGAGGCGGAAUCAUUCGCGAAUUUAAACCCCGAACUGCUGUACUUGUGGCUUAACAACAACAAAAUCUCUCGCGUAGCACCAAAUUCCUUCGUCGGCUUAACGGAAUUGAAUCGUUUGCACUUGGACUACAAUCAGCUCGAGGGUUUGCCAAACGGUGCUUUCCGAGGAUUGAGCAAGCUGGAAGAUCUUUUCUUAAAUGACAAUCGGAUAACGAGCAUCUCCAAGGAGCUACUGCGCGACUUGGUUGGUUUGAAACGACUCUAUCUUCAACGGAAUGAGAUCAGUACUCUUGAGCCGAGAACGUUUCAGGAACUAUCUCAGCUGGAGCAAUUACGAUUGGACGGAAACAAAUUGUCUCAUAUUGUAGUUGACAUUUUCUCAGGGCUCUCCAAUCUGCAAGAUAUCAUGUUAUUUGAUAAUGAGAUCAACGCGGUGGAUAAUGGCGCUUUUUCGGAUCUUGUCAAUUUGAAAAAUCUCGACUUUCGCGGCAACAACUUCACUGAAAUCGAUAAGGAAAUUAGUGGCCUCCAGCCACAUGUUCGAAUCACUAUUUAGAGAUCUUAUGACGUUUAUUUUGUCUUAUAAUUAUAUUUUGUUACAUUAAUUAAAGAGACGUUGAUCUUAAACUAACUUAAAAUAAUAUAAUAUUUUAUAAUAUAACAUUUUAUAAAGUGUUUUGUAUCCAAAUAAUUUAGUCCCAUAAUUUUAAUAAAUUAAUUAAACUAAA